UUACAUAUUUUUGCAGAAAUCACGUUGUGGAUUAAAUAGAGUUUUUCGUGUUUUACAGUGUUCUUUACCUUCCGGCACCAUGGCCGACUGUUUGGGAUCGGUUGGGCUGCCCAGCAUGAAGGCUCGCCAGAAGAAAUUGUGCCAGGAAAUGCAGAAACCCCGUGCGGCAGCCGUCUACAAAGAUGCGAAUAACGUGGGUGCGCGUAUGCUGGCCAAGCUAGGCUGGUCGGAGGGUAAGGGUUUGGGGCGCAAUGAGGAUGGUAUGGUCGAUCCACUGCUCACCCGGUUCAAGAAGGACAACGAAGGGCUAGGAUACGCGGGCGAAAACGAUGAUCAGUGGACCCAGCACGAUGCCGGUUUCAACGAGCUAUUGAAGCGCUUGAACGGCGGUGCUACCGAGGAAGAUGCGCCCGCCGAGCUUGAAACCAUCGAUCCAAAAGCACAGCUACAAUCACUGGAGGAGCGCUCGAAGAAAUCACGUGCCCGGGUUCACUAUCGCAAGUUUACGCGUGGCAAAGAUCUGAGCCAGGUGAACGAGAAGGAUCUGGCGAACAUUUUCGGCAAACGAUCGUUGGCCGAUCUAGGUAAGCCGGCCGGCAGUGAGCAACAGGCAAGCAACGGUGUUUCUGCGGCUGCUAGUGACAACGAUUCCGAGACCGAGGAAACGAACAUCUUGGGUCUCACGACUAUCAAAGCUACCCAAUCGUUACAAGAGUACUUCCAGGAGAAAAUGAAAAUGAGAAAAGCUGCCUUAGCACAAGGAAACCAGGGAACUGUAGAGACCACGAAAGGGUCUGAUUCUGUGCAGCAUGAGAACGGGGAAACGGCUGUAGAAACAAAGAAAAAGAAAAAGAGUAAGAAAAGACAAGAUUCUUCUGAAGAAAUGCACGUGGAGCAGCAAACCGUAGAGGAACCAGUACAGGAACAACCGGCAAAGGAUACUAAGGUUAAAAAGAGCAAACGGAAAGAUGAAUCGAUCGAUGACAUUGAAAACGAUCAAGUGGCUGAAGAAGCAGAAACUGAGCUGAAUGCUUCUGAACCGAUCAAGAAGAAGAAAACUAAGAAAAGGAAAAAUGAAGCUACUCAAGAAGAAACAGAUCAAACCGUGGAAUCAAAUGCCGGAUCAGAGAACUCCUCCGAUGUACAGGAUACUGAGCCAUCGAAGAAAAAGAAGAAAUCCAAAAAGGACAAACCAGAAGAGACCGAGACUGUUCCUACAGAGGAUCGUGAUGCUGCGAUAGCAGAAAACGUCUCGUUAGACGUCGAACCAACAAAGAAAAAGAAAAAAUCCAAGCAAACCAAACAAGCGACUCCAGGGGAACUAGAUUACCAGGCGAUGGCAGAUGCAGAAGCUACUCCCGGCAAUGAAUUAGAUGGUAAGGAUGAGACCACAGCGGGGACAGCCGACAUAGAGCCGUCGAAUGACGAUGCUGCGCUGGGUGCAGAGAUGACUUGCCCGGUGAAGGUGGCCAUAUUGAAGCAUCUCGACGAAAUGGCCUUUCCCGGUUCUAACUUUGGCAAUAUUAUCGGUUACAGAUUGACCGAGAAUGUAAAGCUAGUGCGAAGAGACGAUAACAUGCGCCGUAAGCUCGAGAAGCAUCGAUACGCAUCGCAGAAGAACGUGUCCGACCAUCGGAAGUGGCAAAAGCUCAAGAAGGUGACCGCCUUCGAAGCAAUCUAAAGUGCGGGGGUUUCGCAACUGUUUUUCAAAUAAAAUUGUUUAAACAUUUA